AUCGAUAGAGCGGAAUAGAGAUCCCGACAUGAAAUACCUAAUGUUGAUUGCCCUGUUUGCGGUCGCUGCUUCGGCGACGGACAACGAUGACCCGAUUUCCCAGGAAUCCAAUGUGGAGUACAAUGGCAAAUACCAUUACCAUUAUGAGCUCAAAGACGGCUCAAAGGCUACCCAGGAUGGAGUUUUGAAGACCGUGAAUGCAGAUCACAACGGGGAGUCGGUCAAUGGAAAGUACUCGUUCGUGGCCGACGAUGGAAAGACCUACGUCGUGUCCUACACGGCGGACGAGAACGGAUACCAGGCGGUGGGUGACCACCUGCCCACGCCUCCACCCACGCCGGAGUCCGUUCUGAAGGCGCUGGAGUACAUCCGCCUGCAUCCGUACAAGACGCCCGAGAAGAAGCACUAAGCAUCCCGCUAGAAAUAAGCCAGAAUGUGAUUGGAACCAAAAGAACUGAGAAAAACAUUAAAAGAUGUCUAAAAACAACAGCUCGAAAUAUUGGGUAACCGGAAACAAAAGAGUUCAAAUACAUUUCGGCGAUAAUGAAAGAGUAAUUCAGGGCUGGAGCUCGGCAGAGAUCCCCACUUCGAAGAGCCACUGCGUCAUGUGUGCCAAAAUGUGUGUUAAAUUUGCCUUACUUAGCAGUUUUUGGCUUGCUGGCCAUCUCGC